AUGGACGAUCACGAGUCUGAGUUUGACACUUCCAUCGUUUUCGGAGAGUUGAAUCCCAACUUUGUUUCUGACACCCAAAAUCAAGACGAAAACGUGUCAGGAGACAUUCUGCCGCCUCUACCUUUCGAAGGCUUGGAAAGUUCUGAUCAAGCAUUGGACGAGUCUCAGUUUGAGUGGUUAAAUUCGAAUCGUCUCCCUGGCCUCCCAUCGAAUUAUUACAAUUCGUACUUCAACUACGUCACUAACAACCAAGCAGCAAGCCAAUACCCUCUUAGCCAGGCAUCAGUUCCACCGCUUAUGCUCACUGGAACAGAAGCGUCGGCAGACUUAACAAAUCCUUUCCCGGCGGCACCCCAUCCACAAUACUUCUACAAUACGCCUCAGGUUGAAAGUCAGUCUGCGAUCAUGCCAGGUCCAUCCACAACCGCAAGUGGGGGAAUAAUGACGAUGCCUGUGUCACCGACUCAACCUCGAGUCAGCAUUCCUACUACUGAAUCACUCACACUCCAAACCACAUCUAGGACUUCGGCAUCCCCUGAUGGACCAUUAGACAUUCACCACUUUGAAGGUCAAACCCAAGCGAGACUGCCACGUGAGACGUACCUUGAUCCAGUCUCAAAUCCUCAUCAGCCGAACAUUCAAGCUCAGUUGCCGGUGGACCUUACUACUACAGAGGACCAGAAUUACCCAUACCUUGGCUCACUUGAUUACCACCCUGAGUUUACCCAAAUGGGCCGGUCAUACGAAGAAAAGGAGCAGCGGUACAGCAACAGAAUUAGAGAUUCAGCCACUGAAAUUCCAAGGGUCGCUGCCAGAGAGGAGCGCGAUUAUAAUGGUGGCUCAAGCUCCUGGAACGUUCCUUAUCCUGACAUUGAAAACCCCACACCGGCGAUCAAUCUUCCACAGGGUCGGAAGCACAACGACGGGUAUCAGGAGGAAUUUGCAGAUUGGCGAACAGUUCAGCGGUACAGGGUCUCUCACUUUGAGCGACGAAGGGCUGGCGGUGAUCCAACCAUACCGCGGACAAACAACGAUUGCCAGCGCUAUGUGAAGCGACUUUUUCUUGCCAUGAGCAAUCUAGAAAACACACGAGAUAAUGCACCAGGAGAAUCUGGCACACCUGAUAAGCCAUCUCAAGCGUGGCGAAGCUUUCAUACUGGAAAGUACUCAGCAAAACAAAUACAGGCUGUCUGCUGGGAAUUACUUAUGAAAUGCAUUGAUCGACAACAGAGGGGCCCUCUUGUACCUGAAUGGCAACGGACGUCUAACAAAGCUGUUGCGGACUUUCCUACUCUAAGCGAUCGUGUUGAGGAAGUUUGCAAAGCUCUGACGUUUCAUAAGACGGUUUGCAAACGCUUGAUGGAUUCGAUAUAUAUCGAUGGUCUAGUCGACAAUCCAAAGGCGCACAUGGAUAGGGCCGUUUCUAACAAGAAGGUCAACCUUCGGAAAGCCGAUGUCAUUCGUGCCGGCAGACGAGUCAAGCAAAUGGAAGGUGCUCUGAGGCAAGGUAUAAGUGAUCCGAGUGUUCGUGCGGAAAACACUCCAGAGGAUACUAGGUCGAUAAAGCGCGAGACUUCAAGGGCAUCCACGCAUGGAAACUCCAUAUCUCCUCCAGCACAAGAAAGAGCAACCGCUGAGAAUAAUUCCACGUUGGACGCCGGGAGUCGGAUCCAAGAGCAGCCUGCCCCAGCUCUGGUUCACCCUCGACAGCGAACGCUCGAUCAAGAUCUCUAUCUAGAUCCGUCUCUCCUCAACCAGAGCGGCCCGACGAUGGCGCCGCCUCAAACUUCCACUGAAUUGGUCCCGUUCCAGGGUUCCACUGUGGGCUCCAAUUUUCCACGGCAAGGCAAUGAUUCUCAAUAUUACACAAACACGCCGCAGCCCCCUACUCUCGCAAACCAAUUAACAUUUGAUAACAGUCUCGGUUCUCGCGUUUCCGCCCCGUCCGAUAAUGCACCGAUUGCGCAAAUGCGUCAGUCAAGCCAACAGAUAGUUACGGAACCUCCGUUUGACGGCUCAGCUGAGCAAAUCUUUCGGUACAUCAACCGCCCUGACAAUAAGGGGAAAUUUUUGGAAUUAUCACGGCUAUCUCCUCAGCGCUUGUAUGUGAAAGACAAGCAGACAGUCACAUAUGGCAAGGGAAUUACGACGGUUAUCGACCAAAAUUAUUAUGAAAAUAGCGCUUUACGGGAUCUAGAGAUUUUUGAAAGACUUGAAAGCAAGGCCUUGGAAAAAACCGCGCUUCAGUCUAUGCAGGCCUCUCUGCAGUCCAGCCAGGAUGCUGGAAUGAGCGCCAACAUGGCUGGUCAAUCCGCCUACCCCAAUUUAACUAGUCCUUACCCAACUAUGAAUACUGACACUUCAAUCGAAUUUGGCAGCCCUCCGUACUUUACCGGAAGCGGUAGUGUCUCGCUCGAUCCCCGCACUACCCCAUUCUCAUCUUUGGCAUCUUCGAAUCUUGGCGCCCUUGACGUUGACUCCACCACGGCUUCUCAAGGAACAAAGCGAAAGCGCCCGACAUCCGAUACCGAUUCUGAUUAUGAGCCGAUCAGAAGUACGCGUCGCCAUCGGAAGAAUCCAGAAUCCAGACGGGACUAA